AUGAUUGAAGAGAAAAAUCACCAACAAAUGGAGCUGCCUCAAAUGAGAUCCAUCUGGAUAGACGAGGACCAAGAAAUGGAGAAACUGUAUGGGUUCCAAGUGAGACAACGGUUCAUGAAUGGGCCCAGUACGGAUUCCGAAGAGGACACCGAUGAAGACUUGGGGAUUGUUCUCGUCGAUAGUGAAAAGCUGGCCCUGCCAAACAAGAACAACAUCAAAUUGCCCCCCCUGCCCAAUUACAUGACGAUCAACUCUAACAUAAAUUCUAAUCACAAGUUUUUGACCAACAAAAAGAGAAAUUUCCUGGGAAUGUUCAAGAGAAAGGACUUGCUGUCAAUAAAACCGCAUGGGCCCACCAAAACUACGAAACAAUCCAGUAUAUCUGCCCCAUUUGGCUUUCAUCAUAUCUCGCACGCUAAUGGUAAAAAGGAGGACAACAACUAUGAAUCGCAGGACGAAAGAGAGGAACAGGACGAUGGCGUAGAGCCUUUGUUCAAUUUCACGUCGUUGGCACCACAACCUCGACCAGAAUCAAACGUCUCUUCUAGAUAUUCCAACGUUGUGAUGAACGAUUCGAGCAGGAUAGUCUCUUCUUCCACAAUAGCUACUACAAUGGAUUCGCACCACGAUAGUAACAAAACCAGCAGUACCCCUAAUAAGACUAAGCAAAUGGACUGGCCUACGGAAAUAGAGAUGACAUUGGAAGACCUGAAAAACUAUUCGUUCCCCUCGGUUCUUGGGGACGCCGCCGGUGACGACACUAAUAAGCCUUCACCCUGUGCUUCGUCACUUUAUAGCAAAUUCAAACCAAGAGACUCGAAUGCGAUACAUACCCCUGAGUUGAAAAACUAUCUCAACAUCGACGAAUCGCUGAAUUCACCUGGUAAUAGGAUAUCUGUGGAUGAUGUGUUGAAAUUUUAUUACCAGUGUAGUGAAACAAGUACACCUUAA